GGAAGACGUCUCCUCGGGGGAAGCUGCUCAGCGAGAAGGAGCCAUGGAGCCACCGGAGGACCAAGAUGGCCGCUCCUUCGUCGAGGUGAUCAACGAAAAGUACAGCCCGGAGAACUUCCCAUACCGCAGGGGCCCUGGCAUGGUUGUAGUGCCCACUGUUGGUCCUCAAGGGUCCCCCAUGAAAGACCGCCUGAACCUGCCCAGCGUGCUGGUGUUGAAUAACUGUGGGAUCAGCAGGGCCGGGGACCAGGCGGAGAUCGCUGCCUUCUGCUCUCAUGUCAUGGAGCUGGAUCUCUCCCACAACAAGCUGCAGGACUGGCGAGAGAUCAGUAAAAUUGUGGCCAACAUCCCAAACCUGGAUUUCCUCAACCUGAGCUCCAACCCCCUGGCGGGGGGCACCCUGGAGCCGCGGUUUGCCGAGGCCUUUUCCCGGGUCCGGCGCCUCGUCCUUAACAACACUCAAGUGUCCUGGGCCAGCGUGCUGCUGCUCGCUCAGGGGAUACCUGAGCUGGAGGAGUUGUUCCUGUGCCUUAAUGAGUACAGUAGCGUGAGUGCCUCCAGCGUGGCCUGUCCCACCCUGCGCCUGCUCCACAUCACCGACAACAGCCUCCAGCACUGGGCCGAAGUGCGCAAGUUCGGCUCGCUCUUCCCCAGUCUGGACACUCUCGUCAUGGCCAACAACAACUUGGCUUCCAUUCAGGACAACAAGGACAUCCUCCAGCGUCUCUUCCCCAACCUACGCAGCAUCAACCUGAACAACUCAGGUCUCAACCGGUGGGAAGACAUCGAGAAGCUCAACUAUUUUCCGAAGCUGGAGGAGGUUCGACUGCAGGGCAUCCCCUUACUGCAGGCGUACACCAACGCAGAGCGACGCAGCCUCAUGAUCGCACAGUUGCCCUCCAUAUCUCUGCUGAACGGCAGCGUGGUGAGCGACAGCGAGAGAGAGGACGCAGAGAGGUUCUUCAUCCGUUACUACCUGGACUACCCCGAGGAGGAGCUGCCUUAUCGAUACCACUCACUGGUUACAAAGUACGGCAAGCUGGAGCCACUGGCUGAGAUCGACCUCCGACCUCGCUGCCGCGCCCAGGUGGAGGUUCACUGUGAGGAGAAGGUGGAGCAGGUGAACAUCCGUUUGGACCAGACGGUGGCCGAGCUGAAGAAGCAGCUGACGACUGUGGUGCAGCUGUCCACCCAGAGCAUGAGGCUCUACUACAUCGACAAGUGCAGCGCCUUCGGCCCCGAGGAGAUGAAGUACAACACCCGGGCCCUCCACUCCUACAGCAUCCAGGACGGGGACGAGAUACUGGUGGUGCCCAAGACCAAGUGAGCGGCUCCGGGCCCGCUACGCCUCGUCACGGUCAAUUGAUUAACUGGAUUUUUGUUGCCUGGUUCACUGACAUUGCAAAUUAAUCGGAAAGGCCUCCCAAACAGC